UGCCAGUAUGCACGGAAUUAGGUAUAAUCCUCUUAAGGUGCUCAGCCAAUCACAAUACGGCAAUGAUUACUCAGCCCCAAGAGUUGUUGCUGGAAGUAAACUCACUGAAGCGUUGCAUCGGAAGAUAACCCCACUCAUAAAUGAACAAAGGGCCCCAAAAAGGGCCUUUAAUGGCUCGGAGGCUGCAGCACAUCUCGCAACAAGCCCAACCAACCAUCAUUUGGAUGAAGUAAAGUUAAUAAAAAGCAGCAAUCCAUGACGGCGUUGUUGCGCCAUGACUGCCCUGUCAUUGAAAGAGGCACUGCUGCUGACCAGCUUGGUUGUGGCGUGCUACUGGAACAGCCUCUCGUGUGGCUUCGUGUUUGACGACGUCUCGGCCAUCCUCGACAACAAGGACCUACGGCCCACCACGCCGUUGAGGAGCCUCUUCCUCAACGACUUCUGGGGUACGCCCAUGGCUGAGGAGCGCAGCCACAAGUCCUAUCGGCCGCUGACGGUGCUCACCUUUCGCCUCAACUACCUGCUAAGCGAGCUGAGCCCGGCCUCCUACCAUCUCCUCAAUGUGGCCCUACACGCCGUUGCCUGCUUGCUUUUCCUGCGCGUGUGCCGCCUUUUCCUGGACCGUACCUCUGGCCUGGUGGCGGCGCUGCUCUUCGCCGUCCACCCCAUCCACACGGAAGCCGUGACUGGUGUGGUCGGCAGAGCUGAACUCCUGUCGUCAAUCUUCCUCCUGGCUGCAUUCCUGGCCUAUACCAAAUCAACAGGCGCCGACCACUCCAUAGUGUGGGCUCCCAUUGCUGUGACUGUCGUACUGGUGGCGGCAGCGACGCUGUGCAAAGAGCAAGGAAUCACUGUGGUUGGUGUCUGCUGCGUCUACGAGGUGUUUGUGGCGCAAGGGUUCACCUUACCCAUGUUGCUGGACACGCUGCGGCAGGCUUUGCGGGGCAAGGGCGCCUUCCCGUACGCUGUCCUCCAGAUGCUGCUGAAGCUCAUCGUGCUGGUCAUCAGCACGCUGCUACUCGUCAUCGUGCGCGUCCAGGUCAUCCAAUCGCAGCUGCCCGUCUUCACCAGAUUCGACAACCCGGCGGCUGUCAGCCCGACGCCAACCCGCCAGCUGACCUUCAACUAUCUGCUGCCCGUCAACGCCUGGCUGCUGCUCAACCCGUCAGAGUUGUGCUGCGACUGGACCAUGGGCACCAUCCCCUUGGUGGAGUCUGCCCUGGACCAGCGCAACUUGGCCACGCUGCUCUUCUACGUCCUUCUGGGCCUGCUGGCGUACCACAGCAUUACCUGCUCACGCAGCUCCUCCAAGACGGUAGUCAUGGCCUUGUCUCUGAUCGUCCUGCCCUUCAUUCCCGCGUCCAACCUGUUCUUCCCGGUGGGGUUCGUUGUCGCUGAGCGGGUCCUGUACGUACCCAGCAUGGGAUUCUGCGUGUUGGUCGCGCACGGAUUCAAGGUGGUCUCGUACAAAGGGUACCUGAGGAAGAUUUCAUGGCUGAUGAUUGGCGUGCUGCUGACCACACACGCCAUCAAGACCUUCAACAGGAAUUGGGACUGGGAGUCAGAAUAUACGUUGUUCAUGUCUGCUCUGAAGGUAAACAAGAACAACGCCAAGCUGUGGAACAAUGUUGGCCAUGCGCUGGAGAACCAGAACAAUUACGCCAGAGCGCUGCAGUAUUUUCUGCAGGCCACCUCUGUGCAGCCAGAUGAUAUCGGCGCCCACAUGAAUGUUGGGAGAACCUACAAGAACAUGAAUAAAUCCAAAGAGGCCGAAGAUGCCUAUUUAGUUGCAAAGUCCCUUAUGCCACAGAUUAUUCCCGGUAAAAAGUAUGCUACGCGCGUAGCCCCCAACCAUCUCAACGUGUACAUCAAUUUAGCCAAUCUAAUCCGCGCCAAUGAGUCUCGGCUGGAGGAAGCUGACCAGCUUUAUCGACAAGCCAUCAGCAUGAGGCCCGACUUCAAGCAGGCGUACAUCAGCAGAGGGGAGCUGCUGUUGAAAAUGAACAAGCUGACUGAGGCACGCGACGCAUACCUGCGCGCCCUAGAGCUAGACCGUGCCAAUGCCGACCUGUGGUACAACCUGGCCAUUGUACACAUCGAGAUGAAGGAGCCGUCAGAGGCACUGCGCAACUUUGAGCAGGCGCUGCAGCUCAGUCCGCGUCACAAACUGGCGCUUUUUAACUCAGCCCUCCUCAUGCAGGAGUCAGGUGAGCCCAAGUUCUGGCCCGAGGCCAACCGCCGCUUCCUGGCCUACGUGGAGGAGGAGCCGGAUGACGCAAACGGCUACUUCAACCUUGGCAUGCUGGCCAUGGACGCGGAGGAUAACGCGGUGGCCGAGCGCUGGAUGCACAAGGCCAUCGCGCUGCAGUCGGGCUUCCGCUCGGCGCUUUUCAAUCUGGCGCUGCUCUACUCGCAGUCGCGCCGCGAGCUGGACGCGUUGCCCGUGCUGGACGAGCUGCUGCGCCACCACCCGGAGCACAUCAAGGGCCUCAUCCUCAAGGGCGAUAUCCUCAUGAAUCACAAAAAGGACACAGCUGGCGCCAAGAGCUGCUUCCAGCGCAUUCUGCAGAUGGACCCGGGCAACGUGCAGGGGAAGCACAACCUGUGCGUGGUCUACUUCGAGGAGCGGGACCUGCCCCGGGCCGAGCGAUGCCUGGAAGAGACUCUGGCGCUGGCACCGCAUGAGGAGUACGUGCGACGCCAUCUUAACAUUGUCAGGGGUAAGAUGGCGGCCAUGAGCGCGGCCGGGCAGUCCCUAGUGGAGGAGGAGAAGCCGGCAACCGAGGAGGAGGAAAGGCGGAGUCCCCGCGGCAAGAAGAAUGCGAGGAAAUCCUCCGCUGAAACCGACCGAUCGGAGCUGGAUGCCGGCCAGCCCGACAGACGGACUGCGGCCAAGUCCGUCGACCACGAGAGUGAUAUCGAGCAGAAGCGCGCCGCUGCCUUGAAGAGGCUGGAGGAGAUUGAGCGCAUUUUAAGCGAUACAGUAAAAUCCCGUUAGUCGCGGGAGAAAGGGACUGAGUCCUGCCGUGAAAAGCGAAAACUGCAAGUAAUUGACAUCCCUGUCCCCAAAUGUUGACAAUUGCCUAUAUUAAUCGUUUUAGCCAUAAAUAUGCCACAAGCUAUGAUGCCACAAGACUUAAAAUACCAUUUUAAACUCAUCUUUUGAAACUCACAUUACUCUUAAUAAUAAAUGAUUUAAAAAAAAAUGCAACAGAAGUGCAUGUGUCCGUGCACAUGCGGUGAAGACUCUUCGUAACUUUCCUGAUAUACAUAUCCUAGUUUCUCAGUCAAUAUCUUAUCACUUGAACAGACUUCCUUUACACCAACUACUACUUUCCUAUCAGUCAAGACUUGGGAGCCUUCUUGUGACAUGUUCGAGUGCAAAAUGAUGAGUUUUCAGCAGUUAACUGUUGAUUGGUUCCACAGAAAAAAAUGGGAAUAGGUCAAUUUGUGAGUAGCGAACUGCAAAUACAGAAAGGUUCACUUGAAUCAAAAAGGGAAACUUGAACGUUGUCAAGUAAAAGCACAGAUUGAUGCUUUUGCAUCUAUUUGAGGGCCAUUUUGUGAGAAAAUGCAUGGAAUGUGUGCACACAACUACUAAAGCUGGGGUGCAGCUCUUACCGCUAUACAUAUAGGCCAUGGGUGGCACCUGUAGAUCUCGUCAAGGUGGGACCUUCGUCACACCUGACCUUGGUGCUGACUUAAUUACUUUUGUUUCAUUGCACGUCAUUAAACUUCACUGCCAUGCUUCGCCCACAUGCAGAGAUGAAACAUGUUUUGUCCAUCUCUUUAGUAUGUGGCUCAAAUUAAGUAGCAGUCGACAAAACCUCUAGGACAAGUUCCCUUGGAAAUGGCUAAAAUGGCCUCUUCAAACCACAAUGACAAGCUUCCUGCAUGUUUUCGGGUAUUGGGUUGAGGCUUUUUGGUGGUCCUAUUAAUUUAAUGAUAGACACGCCUAACAAAUGUCAUGUUGCUAAAUGGAAUUGGCUUUGUGGUUUGAAUUUUCAGAGACGUCUGGAGUACACUACUGAACCAACAGUGAAUCAUGAAACUUUGCUGCCAUGCUCCACCCACAAGCAUUGUUGAAAACUCACUCUUUACAACUUAGCAUUGUCCAGCUGUCUAGUAUAAAUUUGGCAGCGAUCAACCUAAACCUCUCGGGCAAGUUUGUUUGUGAAGGACCACACAAAAAAUAAUUGAAAACGAUCUAAAAAGGCUGCUUCAAAACCAAAAUGGCAGACCAUUUGUCUUUUUGGGCAUGGCCUUUUGAGUCCUUUCUGUGUUCGUGCUCAGUUAAACUGGCUUUUGGGGGGAGGCGGUGGGGGGAAUUUUCCAAACGUUCUGGGAUCGCUCCUUGAAAUGGACAAAUUUGCUCCUUGCUGCAACAUGUUUGCAUAAAGGUGUCAGCGUUAGGUGGUGAAGAAGAAGCACAAGUUGGUCGUUAACCACUAGAUGUUGUUUUGUAGCCGUGUGACCCACUUUCUCCACACGCACACACUAAGUGGGAGCACAAUUACAGGAAGUGACCACGAGGAUGAUGACGAUGAAAGCCUCCCCCUGAAUUGGAGCAAAACAUCCUCCGUCUUAUCACUGCCCGCUAAUCUGUAUUGAUCUCCUCCCGCCCCGUUUCCUGCCUUCCCGUCGGUGCCAUUAGCGCUAUUGUUGCUGCCCGUGCUAGGCUAACACGCUAAUGUGACGGCCAUGUCACCCACCUCCCCCACACCCCACAGUGCAAUUAAUUGUAAAAUAAAUAAAUACAAAUGUAUAUGCGACACUGCUGGCUAAUUAACAGCCCUAAAAGUGUUACAAGAUUGUAUAUCCAUUAUUUAUUGUUGUUUUUGUAUGCAAACUGUGACUACACUCGUUAUCCCCCCACUCCGACCCCUGCUUUCACUUGUGCAAAAUGACUGUCAGUGUUAAAACAGAAGGGACAGACAUUUUUUUCCCAUUGUUUUAUGUCUGCAGAGUGACUCAAUUUUAUUUCUUAUUUUUCAUGUUUUAUUUUUGUGGUUAAAUAAAAUGGGAUGACAACUCAA